AUGCCCAGCCAGGGUGUACAACCCAAGGACGGUGAGGGGCUGGUCCUUACCAACAACUCGGCUGUGCACAAGGAAGACCUCAGCAGCAAGAUUACAGAACAAAAAAUUGUUGUGGAUGAACUUUCUAACCUGCAGAAGAACAGGAAUGAACAGAAAUGCUUUCUGAAAGCAAAAAUAUAUUGGAUGAGCUGA